GAGCCGGGUCACGUGACCGGCGAAAGCCGUCGCGGAGGCCGAAGGGGUGGAGAAAUGGGCGGGAGGCCUGGGGGAUAGCUAGAGACCCGGCGAAUACCGGGUUGUCAUGGAGUCGUGGGGCCCGGCUCGCGCAUGCGCCGGCUGACCCGCCGGGCUGGUGGUGGAGCGGCGACCCUGGCCGUAGUUCACAAAGCUUCCACUGAAUGUGGUUUGUGUGCCUUGAAUUCGCAAUGGAAGCAGAGGGCAGCAAGGGGAUGGUGAACCUCCAUUUGGGUGGAAACCUUUCUGUUUAGUAAACUUGAAGCUUGGUCAGGCGAGACCACAGGAGGUGCUCCUACGAGCAGUCCAUAUGCGAAGAUUGCCUGUGGUCCAGCUCCUGGCACACUGACCAUGGAGAGGAAAAUGCCAUCCAGAGAGAGCCCUCGAAGGCUCUCUGCCAAGCCAGGCCGAGGCCCAGAGGUGAAAAGAGUAGCUCGACCGCCCGGCGUGGUUGCUGCCGACUCAGACAAGGACUCUGGCUUUUCAGAUGGGAGCUCAGAGUGCUUGAGCUCUGCAGAGCAGAUGGAAUCAGAGGACGUGCUGAGCGCCUCGGGCUGGAGCAGAGAGGACAGGCUGCAGCCCAACUCCAGAGCUGCAAACAGUGCCUUCCCCGCGCUGUCCCCGAUGGUGGUCAUGAAGAAUGUGCUGGUCAAGCAGGGCAGCAGCUCAUCCCAGCUCCAGUCCUGGACUGUCCAGCCCUCUUUUGAAGUGAUCUCAGCACAGCCACAGCUCUUUGUCCUUCACCCGCCGGUGCCAUCUCCUGUCAGCCCCUGCCAUACUGGGGAGAAAAAGUCAGAUUCCAGAAACUACUUGCCCAUUCUCAAUUCUUACACCAAAAUAGCCCCUCACCCAGGCAAAAGGAGUCUCUCCCUCAGCUCGGAAGAAAGAGGAGCGAGUGGGGUGCCAAAGAAAAUCUGUAAGGAGAGACUGGGACCAGUCCUGUCUUCCAGCGAGCCAGCCAAGACUGGCCCUGUGCUCUCCAGUCCUUCCACUCCAGCCCCACCCAGCUCCAAACUCACCGAGGACUCAGCGCUGCAAGGAGUGCCCUCCCUGGGGGCCGGUGGGAGUCCACAGACUCUUCAGCCCGUGUCCAGUAGUCACGUGGCUAAAGCUCCCAGUCUGACCUUCGCUUCGCCCGCCAGUCCUGUGUGUGCCUCCGACAGCACUCUGCACGGCCUGGAGAGCAGCUCCCCUCUUUCGCCGCUCUCAGCCAGUUACAGCUCACCGCUCUGGGCGGCAGAGCAGCUCUGCCGCAGCCCAGACAUCUUUUCAGAGCAGAGGCAGAGCAAGCACAGGCGCUUCCAGAAUACCUUAGUGGUCCUCCACAAGUCUGGUUUGCUGGAAAUUACUUUGAAAACCAAGGAGUUGAUUCGUCAAAACCAAGCAACUCAGGUGGAACUAGACCAGCUGAAGGAGCAAACCCAGAUGUUUAUAGAGGCCACCAAGAGCAGGGCUCCUCAGGCGUGGGCCAAGUUGCAGGCCUCACUAACAUCUGGAUCCAGUCAUUCAGGCAGCGAUCUAGACACAUUGUCUGAUCACCCAGUCAUCUAGCACAGAAGCGUUUUCCAGUUACUUGGGUGGUUCUUUUACACUCUAUCUCCACUUGUUUUCCACAGCCUAUUUAAGAGCUUUCUUUCUAAACUUACUCACAAAGCCACGUGCCAGUCCCUGGCUGCCGUCUUAAUCUGUGGUUCACGCACAGGUUAAGUGCAUCUAUGUUCUCUGAAGACCUCCAAUUGGAGUGUCUCUGAGUCCCCUUUCCUUAGCCUGUGGCACUUAGCUGGAUCUUGGGACAAAGGCGAGAUAACUAUGGGUGUCUCCCAGCUUCCCACUCACUGUCCAUGGUUCAAGGUUCAGUGACUAGAUGAGUGUACAGAAUGACACCUGUCAAACCAAGGACUCGGUGACCUAAGGAGCCCUUCACGGCCCGCCCUCAAGUAUCUUACUCACAGAGAAAAAUAUGAGGCUGUGUUUAAAUUCUACCAGGCAUUGUGCCAGUUGGGCGAAACCUAAAAUGCUUUGGGCACAGGUUGUGCCAGGGUGCAAGCAUUUAAUCACACGAGGCUUUGUUUCUUACACUUGUAAGUUGUGGGAGAAAGGGCAGAACAUCUGAUUCACACAUUGGUCAUACAUAAGAUCUCAUAGAAGUAGGCAUAUACUUCAGAUUUUUAAAAUAUAGACUGGAUUUAGUACCAUCUGGAAUUGUAUUUGAUGAAUUGCGUCUUUGAUUAAAGGGUCAGAGAAGGCAGCAUUUUUUGUCACUAGCUGAAAGAUUUUUGUUAGUUCAUGCUUGAAAUAGCACAACCUGUCUUACAUCUAAAAAGCCUGAGACAGGACUGCAAGACGGCUCAGUGAGUAAAGGUGCUUGCUGCCAAGACGGCUGAGCUGAAUUUGAUUCCCUGAACCUACAAGGUAGAAGGAGGGAACCGACUGCUGCAGUUUGUCCAUCACACAUGCACACCCACGCUAGAUAAGUAAAUGAAUAUAAAAUUAAACAAGCCACCGUCAACAUUAGCAAUCAGAAGCUUGAGAUGGCUUCGGUGGGUCCUCAGGCUCUGGUGCAAGUGACCCUCUGUUGUCUCUUGUCUGUGCCUCACCCAGCUCUUACUGUGGGGAAAAGUGACUGUGCAUUUAAACUCUGGAUUAAGUAAAGCCCUGAGGUUAGAAAAAGGCACAAAAGUCAGAGAGGAUCCUUCCCUGUCCUCACGUCUGAGUUCUGCCCAUCCCCUGUGGUGAUGGGGAGCAGUGUGGCGGCCUUGUGUCUCGUGUAGCUGUGGCAGCAGGGCUGAAGGGUGGUUCUUCUCUCAGAGGCUGACCUUAGGGAUGGAGACUCUGAGGGUCCAGAUGACACAUUCUUCCCAGCUCCCCUGUGCUGGUAACCAUAGCCUAAACAGUAAAGAGUCAAGGGAUUCUAUCCUCUUGCUUAAAAUUUUUAUCCCCUUAAAAAUCUUUUUCCUUCGCAAAUUGGUUUUAUGACCAGCAUCAUCUUUCUGCACAGAGAAAGAUGCUCACGGGGCUAUACUAGAUCCAGGGUUAAGGGUCAUAGGGUUUUUUGUUUGUUUGUUUGUUUUUUAAGAUUUAUUUAUUUAUUAUGUAUACAAUGUUCCUCCUGCCUGUACACCCGCACACCAGAAGAAGGCACCAGAUCUCAUUACAGAUGGUUGUGAGUCACCAUGUGGUUGCUGGGAAUUGAACUCAGGACCUCUGGAAGAACAGCCAGUGCUCUUAACCUCUGAGCCAUCUCUCCAACCCAUGGGUCACAGUUUUUAAGGAGUUGGUUGUAAGACUCAGGUUAACUACUGUGUUCAUAUAGACAUAUGAUUUGGAUAUGACUAGUUAAAAAAUAAUCAACUUGGUAAAAUCUCUUUACUCUCUGAUCAGUGCAGAAUCAUUACCUGCUGUUUGUGCUCUGAAAGAGUUUCCAAAAUCAGAGCCCGUGUCUCUGGGCAAACUCAGCUCCUCGUGAUAUGCCUCCCCACAAUCUAUAUGGUAUCAUAGCCACUCCACUAGGAAGCUUCCUUUUUGGCAGAAUGUCUGGCAGGAAAGCUGUAGAGACAGGUGCAUUCAGAACAGCCUGGGCACCAGCCGCGAGUUUUACCGAGCGUCAGAAGGCUGGAAGCACUUGCUGAGAACCAAAUGUACUCCACUGGAAAAGCCCUCAGUGGAGCUAAGCCUCUUGGACUCUUGCUCCUAGAUAUGGCUUUUCAUAUCCCUAUCUCCAUAAAAGACGAUGAAAGCCACCGUAGAUCUUCAGGGUUCGGUGGCAGGGAGGGUUACCGCUCCUCUGUGAUCUUAGAGCCAUAACUGCAAGUCUCUAGGCUGUGUUCUGUUCCUGGUGGAGCUGGAGGCAGAUGGACGCUAGUAGAGAAGCUAGAUCUUAGAAGGAGCGAGCCUUUGAGGUCAGAGGCUAGACCAGCGUUUGGAGGAAGCCUGGAGUGGACCGGAAAGAUCUUCAUUGGUUGCCCAAAGCUGUAAGUAGCAACAGCCGCAGUGGUGCAUGCUGUAGGUCCUGAUGAAGCGUUGUGCAGGGCUGUUGUUUUCCCAAGGUGAGAAGUCAGUUUUUGCUCAGGCCAGCCCAUAGGAGAACCUUUGUUGGGUUGUAUUGACAAUAUUGGAACACAUUUAGAAAGGUUCCUGAUUGAAUUAGGUAUAGAAUUUACCGUCUGUAAUUUACUACAUUGUUUUAUGGAUUAUAGCAUCAUCUGACUUCUCUGGUGUGAUUCCUCAGCACACAGUUACUCUUGCACAUAUACUGAAGUGGCUUUUCCGCCACAACCUCCUUAGGGUAUAGAUUUUACCAAAUGUGAAUCUUUUCAGAGCGUGUGAAGUUAUAUAGAAACUGACUGUGAAAUGUCAGAGGAAAAAAAUAAAAGUCACUUACUUGAAAACUAUUUGCUUUGUAACUGCUUGAGACUUCCAAGCACGGGGCAUGUAGCCCUUGGUAGAGUAUGUGCCCAGUGUGUGUAAGGCCUGGGCUCCACCGCAGCACCUCUGCCUUCCCAGACACUCCUUCAUGACAGCCUUUCGUCUAGGGUAACUGUGGAUUGCUACAAGUUUCAGACAUCAUUUUGUGUUAUUUGGGAUAUGGAACUGGAUGCUGGAUAUUGCAGACUGUUCAGACUUCGGUGCUGUGCACAGACAGCCCGAGUCGUGUGCCGAUCUUAGAGGUGGGAGAACGAGGGGACUGUCCAGUGACCGCUCCAUCUGGCACCACAGAGAACUUUAAAUGACAGUAGCUAUAGCUGUGUACUGGGAUGAAGCAAAGGCACACAAUCUGAAGCUCUUUCUACAACCGAGGUCCUCAGCAAGUGUGUCAGCCCUCUGUGCUCUACAGGGAGACAGCUUCCCUGCUUCCCAGUCCAGCCAGCAAAUGCUUCCUGCAUGUUUGGUGCUGGGAGUUUAACAAGUUUACUCUCAUGGAAAGAUCUGGAGGGUUGGCAGUGUAAAGUCCUCUAGAACUAUUUCUGAUCCACACAGUGGUCUGAGUGACUUUAAAAUAUGGUUGUAAAGCCACUAAAGUGAAAUAAAAAUGGGUAAAGAUUGC